AUGUUUAAAUAAAAUUCAAUAACUAAGAUAAUUCCAAAUUUUGAUAAGACUCGUCAUAAAGGAUAGAAUGGAAAAAUAGCAAGUAUUGGUGGAUCAUUUGAAUAUACAGGAGCUCCUUAUUAUGCUGCUAUAUCUUCUUUAAAAGGAGGUGGAGAUUUAGCAUAUAUAUUUUGUACUAAAUCUGCUGCAAUUCCAAUCAAAAGUUAUAGUCCUGAAUGCAUUGUAUAUCCUUAUUUAUUAGAAGAAGGAGAAGAAUAAUAUUUAGAUAAUAUUAUAAAUAAAUUAUUAUCUUAAACUAAAAUUAUGAAUUCAUUAGUUAUAGGUCCAGGAUUAGGAAGAGAAUUAAUUACUACUUAAAUAUUAGAACAAUUAUUUUAAUUUAAUAAUAGUAUUAAAAUAUUAGAUGCUGAUGCAUUAUGGCAUAUCUCAUAGAAAUAAAAUAAAUUAAUUGGAAUUAUAUAAGAAAAGAGUGAUCAAUUUAUAUUAACUCCUAAUGCUAUGGAAAUAAGACGAUUAUUAGAAUAUUUUGAUAUGGAGUAUAUUAAACCUAAUUAUGAUUGCAUUGUAUAUUAAUAAAUUUUAAUGUUUAGGAAUAAUUUAAUGAUAAAUAAUCUAGAACAAAUCAAAUUAUAAAUGAUCAAGAUUUAAAUUAUGAAUAAAUUACAAUUUAAUUUGGAUAUCCAGCAUUAAUUGCAGAAUUGAGUAGAAAAUUGAAUAAUGUUAUUAUUGUAUCAAAAGGAUAGAAUGAUAUUAUAACCAAUGGAAAAGUUGGAUAUGCUGUACAUAUACAAGGUUCAAAUAAAAGAUGUGGAGGUUAAGGAGAUAUUUUAAGUGGUUUAAUUGGACUUUAUUCUUAUUGGGCUUAACAUUAAAAUAUAGAUAAAAUUGAAGGAUGUAUUUUAGGUAGUAUAGUCACAAGAAAAGCAGCAAAAAAUGCAGAAAAUAAAGAACAUUUUUCAUUAACUACUCCCAAGAUCAUUGAUCACAUUGGUGAUGCUCUUUAUUCUAUUAUUUGUGGAUCAUGA